GGUCAGCGACGGCGUCAUCGGCGUCCUCGCGUACGCGAUAAUGCGGUGUCAUCGCGACGCGCUCGCGAUCAGUUCGUCUCGAUCCCUACUCGCGCCCGUUCGUACUUUCGAGAAUUUCGCUCUCUCUUCCAUAUUGAACGAAUUCGUCAAUUUCGCCCGCGCAUCUCGCUCGCUCGUGCUGUAAAAGAAUUCGCGACACAUCGACGAAAAUUUAUCGCGCAUGCGACGCGGUACGAUAAGUAUUGUACGAUCGCGCGGAAUCGGAGAGUAUCAGGUUAGGACGGCGACGUAAAAUCGAGGCGCGUGUUUGCAAAACUUAUUUUCUCAUCUCGACUCUUUCGCACGAGGCACGAGGUGCGAUCGACAAAACUGCGGCUUGCAAUUGCGAUAGAUUGUGCGCUUUGUGUUGCUAUCUGAAUGGACAAUAAGGUGGAUGUUUCGGAAGUUGAAGAUAUUUCAAUGAUUGGAACAUCUGGAAUUUUUCACCUGCCUGACGUCCCAGAGAUAUCGGAGGUAUUAGAAUCGACUGGCCUUAGCCCCUUAACUUCUUCCUUGGAUCAAGCUCUUACGCUGCAAGAAGAUAAAACUCUCUCAUCUGAAGUUAACAUGGGCAUUGAAGAUACAUGGACUGAAGCAAACAGUUCAACAUCAGAUUAUGCAAUUCCUCUUCCUCCGCCACCUGGAUUAAAUGAUUUCUCGGAUGUUGGUGCUGAUCCAAUUGAUUCUGGGACUGGCAUAGAACACGGUCCAUUUCUGCCACCUGGCACACCAGCGCUUAACAAUCUUUUUGCAGAGGCUGGAGAUUCUCAUGAUGACUCGCCAAUGGGUGAGUUAGUCCUGCCUGCAGGUGUGUGUGGUCUUCGUAACUUGGGUAAUACCUGUUUUAUGGCAGCUGGGUUGCAAUGUUUGACCGCGACUCCACCUGUCCUACGACAUUUCUUGGAUUUACAGCAGAGAGGAGAAAAACUGCCUCCGCCUGGAUCAUUAAUGGCACACUUUAGUGUACUCCUUGGGAAAAUGUGGUCUGGAAGAUAUAGUGUACUCAGACCGACAGAAUUUAAGCAGACUUUAGGUGCUUACCAUUCACAAUUUAAGGAUUAUAGACAGCAUGAUUGUCAAGAAUUUCUGGCGCUUCUAUUGGAUUCCCUCCAUGAGCAAAUGAAUACAGCAAAGUGUGCCAAGAACUGUCAAGUUCCGUUGUCUACAACCACUGCCAAUUCUUUUAACUCUAUAGAAAAUUCAAACGGAAAGACCCUUUCCCCUGUCACUGCCACGGCUGAUCCUAAUUCAGAACUUUUGGAAAUGUAUGAAUGCUUAUCACCGGAAUGUCCAAAUAGUCCCAAUGUAACUAUGGCUGGCUCACCAAGAGACUUUGAUUCGUCGAUGGGAGAGCUCGAUAGUAUCACGAAUUCACCGAGAGAUUCACCGUUACAUGGAGAGGAGGACGAGGAAACGCUAGAUUCAGAUGAAAUCAUCGAGGGGAGAUCGAGUACUUUUAUUCACAAUAAAGUGAACGAAGAAGGCACAAAUGAAGCCACUCCGACGCGCUCUUUGAGAUUAGACACAUUGAUCGAACUAUCAAAAACGGUGCCGCAGUAUGGUGGCUUAUACGAUAUUCACAAAGAAGCUAAAACUAGUAACGCUAAUUUCUUAGUAACGCAACAAGAGUGUAAUAAUGAGAUCCAUUACGACUCACAGAAAUUUCCAAAGGACAAUGUCCGCAGGAUGCCGUUAGACAAUUCUAAUCUUGUGGAGAAUCACGACUUUGAUAAUAAAAGUGUCAGUAUCAAACGCAUAAAAGAAGUGAACGUUCAGAAGGUCAACGGUAGUCUCGAUCACGCGUCCAACAGUUCCGAUAUCGAAUAUGAUAGCGGUCUGGAGAAGUGUAACGUGAAACGCAUGAGAUUAGACGAUCAGGAGAAGAAUCAUAAGCAUGACAGUCUCGGUAACGAGAAUAUUCAGUGUUCACGGAUUCCACAAAAUUAUGGUACUGGUGCUAUCGCUGCGCAAGAAGAGAUCGAGGCAGAUAAGCACUGGGUGAAGCAUUUGCGAUCCAAUAAAAGUAUCAUCGUUGACACUUUCCAAGGCCAGUUUAAGAGCACGGUCGUAUGCUCGGUUUGUAACCACGUUUCUGUUACAUAUGAACCUUUUAUGUAUCUAUCGGUACCCUUACCUCAUGCGAUGGAGAGACAAUUGAAUGUCACAUAUGUUCCUGCAAAUGGUGAUCAACCCAUGAGAUGCGUCGUUUCCUUAAACAAGCAAUCGCGAAUUGGGAAAUUAAAAGAAGAAUUAUUAAAAACGCUCGGCAAGGAGAAUAUCUCGGUGACGAACAUUGCACUUGCAGAGGUUCUAGAGAAUCACAUAGCGAAGAUUCUGGAUGACAAUACACUCUUGAGACACAUCAAUGAUACGAAUCGAUCGAUAUACGCCUUUGAACUCACGGAACCUCCCGAUGCGUAUACUUCAGUGUCUGAUGGCGGCGGGGAUCGUCCAAUGGAGAUGGAUUCUUCCCAGAAAUGUACGAUAACGGGCGAGGAGGUACCAUGCAUGAUCUGUCUUGAGGAAUUAGAUGGCGAUUUGAAGAGGCACAGUGGGAAUAGCUGUAACUUUAUUAUUUGCGACCCUUGCAUUGAGAAUUACUUCAAGAAUCAAACAGAGCCACAAACGUGUCCGAUGUGUUCCACAUAUGUGACGGCUUCAUCAUUUACGAAGAUAGAUCAAACGGGCCGGCCAAGACCUAUCGUACGUAUUCUGAACGUACCUUUGGUGUUAAGGCACGACACGACGAACGAGACGACGAACAAUCGCAAAGGCACGAAGCUCUUCGGUUAUCCGCACUUGAUACGACUCCCAUCGAGAGUGAACGCGCGGGAUCUAUACGAUAUCGUCAAAAGAAAUGUGCCGCACGAAGGACGCUACACAAUUCAUUUCGUUGAUGGACAGGGUCAUCAUUGUUCACGAUGUAUGUAUACCGCGCAUUGUACAGGAUGUAGCGUACCUGAAACGGGGAUGGUCGCACUGCAAAAUGGUGAUACGCUUGCGGUUCGUUAUACCGAGUAUGUUCCUAAGAUCCUGCAUCCUAUUGAUCACGUUAGCGUCAGUAAACAACGACCGCAUCAUCCGCUAUCUCUUUACGAUUGCCUUCAAGCGUUUAGUCAGAGCGAAACUUUAGAUGAACAUAACCCUUGGUUCUGUCCAAAAUGUGGAUGUAACCAAUGUGCCACAAAAACGCUUACGGUACAUCGAUAUCCCAAGUUCCUUAUUGUAUAUCUUAAACGAUUCGUGUUUUAUGAAUGCGCGAGCAUGAAGCUGGACGACAAGGUUACAUUCCCUUUGGUGGGUCUAAGCGUGGGACGCCACCUUUAUGAUCUCUAUGCCUGCGUGUGCCACUUUGGAGGCGUUUCCGCGGGCCAUUAUACGGCGUAUGCGAAGAAUCCUCGCACGGAUGUGUGGUAUUAUUACAAUGAUGAGAUUACGAGCAAACAAAAGCCUCAAGAUGAAGACUUCAGCAACGCAUAUAUACUGUUUUAUAGUCGACAAGGGACCAACUUGAAACCGUGCAAUAUAUAACAAGUGGUGUAUUUAACUUGAUAGCCGAUAGAACACGUCGAUCAAAUGGAGGAGGGACAAUCGGGGAUAGUGGCAAAGAAAAGGAUGAAGUGUAACGGAAGGGGAAAUUAAUAUUUUGUGUUCUUCCAUGUGUUUUUCAUCACGAACGUUUACUCGUGUAUUUCUCAUACGUUUGCAAUUUUUCCCUUUAUAUAUUUUGCGCUUCUAUUUUCCCUGUGUAUCUCCCUCUCUUCUGCCUUUGCUAAAGUUGUAUUUAGCGCAACGGACCGCGUCUCUGAUACGCUGCGUGUUAAUUUGCGCUGGAUUAUAUAAAAUAUCGAUAGCCGUUGCCUGUGAGUUUCUUUCGUGAUGAUUAUGCAAUUAUUGUGUAAUGAGGAGAGAAUGUGUCUGUCGAUGACAUUCUGCACUAGUGCAGCUUAGGCCUGACCUGUUUUAUGAAUUCAAAGAGAGAACUGAACAUAUUUGUAUUGCAUAUAUUGUAAACGUAUGUCGAAUUUGUACAGUAGACGGUUAAAUGUAGAACUCAAGAAUUCUAAACACGUAAUUUAUUAGUGAAUAAAGGUGAACGUCAUACACUUGAAAUCAGACUUAAAUUACGGCUCGCAACGGCGGAAUGUUACGCCUCGCCUUGCUCCCUCCUUUUAUUCGAACCGGAGAAACGAGAGGAUUUUGCUCAUGAAUAGCAAAGUGUUGCGUUUAUCUGAUAUUCCUUCGUUAUCGUUAAGUGAGAAAACAUGGAGGGUUAUAAAGCGAGAUAAAAUAUUAAACACAUUUUAUGAAACGCAAUUACGUUUAUGGAUUAUUUAUUAAAUUAGUUAUAUAUUGCAAUUUUAUUACAAGAUACACUUUAAUCGCAGUUCAAUAUGCGCUCGUAUCAGCGCAGCAUCGAUAUAAUACUGAUGUUUCACGCGCGGAUUGCUAUAUAAAUUGUUUUAAUAACUAUGUUGUAACGUUAUUAUAUAUAUGUAUGUGUGUAUGCGCAACCAGAAAUGGUUUUCAAAGUUUUAUUCAUUGUAAAACCAACUUGCGGGAGGGGAGGUUUUCGACGUCUUUUUUUUUCUUUUUUUCUUUUUUUCUUUUUUUCUUUUUUUCUUUUUUUUCUUUUUUUUCUGGUAUAAAAGAACUCUAUUACCAUCGUCUUACAGCAAUUUUUUCGAAUCAUAAGACGCGAAUCUAGCAGACCUGGCCUUCUAAACUCUAUAACGAAUUUUCUUGGAUGUAUUAAUGGCACCCUAAGGUAAUCACACAUUUUUAUCGAAAUACAUAUAGUAACAUCCAUAAUUUCUUUAUUCUAUGCAAAGUAAUGUACAGCAGACGACAGUUAAAUGCACUUGCAACAAAAGAACUACAACUAGCGUUCUAGUAUGAUGUCUAAUCUAAACAAUAAUAAAGAUAUAAAUUUGUCGCUUUGUAUAUAUAUGCGUGCAGAAAUAUAGCGAUUAGCAAUUUAAACAAAAUUGAUAUAGUAAGUAAAUAUAGUCAGAUAUAAAUUAUAUGCGCGUAUCUAGAAAACAAUUUUUUAAUAGUAUGUAUUUUUCUUAAUCGGCCAUUCUUACGAGUGCAUCUGCUCUACUCAAUACGCGCACUUUGCUGUACAUUUAAUAAUAACUUGUUUAUUCUUUUAUAUUUAUGUUAUGUUUACGUUAUAUAUAGCGUUUCGUUA